AUGACUGAUCUAGGCAACUACCGUCCAAUAACUCUGAUAGCCUCCGAUUGCAAAGUGUUUACCAGACUACUCAACUCACGAGUCAUACAAGUGGCAAGCGACAUUAUCGGACCUCACCAAAGUGGCUUCCUGAGAGGGAGAUAUAUUGGAGACCACGGGAUGGCACUGAAAGUGAUUGUAGACAACGCACGACGUGAAGCAAGAUGGAACAAUCCUGAAGAAUUGGUCGAGUAUGCUGGGACUAUGCUAGACAACGCCAAGGCGUACGAUAGGGUACAUCCCCAGUACUUAUCCAAGGUCCCGAUGAAGUUCGGCUUUCCCAAACAAUUUGUCCAAUGUGUCUGCAAUUUAUUCUUCAACAGUUCAAUCUGCGUGAAUGUCAAUGGUUAUUUGACAGCCCCUAUCGAACAAAGGCGCGGCAUCAGACAAGGAGACAGCAUAUCACCAAUGCUAUUUAACCUGGCUAUUGAACCAUUUUUACUCUCAGUGACUAAAAGUACAACUAUCUCAGGGUAUAGUCUUCAACAGGUCAGGUCUAUAAGCAAGAGAACAAACUCUUGGGUAGCUGCUCUCCCGCUGAAAGUACUUGCGUACGCGGAUGAUGUCCUCACAUUUGUCAAGUAUCGUGCCGAAUUACUGGAUUUGGAAGAAAGACUAAAGACUUACAACAUGGCCUCGAACUCGAAGAUCAACUAUGACAAGUCAGUGGCCUUCCCUCUUUAUGGUGGUAAAAUGACAAGUCAAACUGGAAGUCUAAUUCAAGAACACGCAACAAACAAUCUGAAUAUUAAAUGGUAUGAUUCUACGUCUACAGGUUUCAUUAAGUAUCUAGGUUAUCCAAUUUGGUUCUGCAGUCAAGAAAGAGACGUAUACAUUGCUAAACUUCUGGGUAAUAUUACUACCGCUAUCGAAAGAUUUGCAGCGCGACAAGUCUCACUGUACAGCAGGGAAAAUAUUGCCAACACAAUGAUACUAUCCAAACUGUGGCAUGCUAUUCGAAUCGUUCCCCUACCCAAAGACGUAGUCAAGAAGAUAACCUCAGUCAUAUACCAGUAUGUAAUAUCCGGCAUGUACCCGCCUUUAAAGGGCAAUUCUUUCUUUCUACCAAGGAUUCAAGGCGGCCUAGGGUUAAUCGAUAUAAGGGCUCAACAACAACACGUCCUGCAAUUCAGAUACCUGAAGGCACUCCUAACUGAAAACAGCAACAACAUACCUGGGCUCAUCUACAGGCUUCUAGUGGAUUAUUUGAAGACACUAUGGCCCAACUGGUGUUCUCACAGAACAUGGAUGUGCUCUUUUGGGAACAUCGAUGUUCUCAUGAGCACAUUGAUGUUUUCAUUUGAGAAGGUGUAG